AUGUGGAACAACCUCAGUGAUGGGGGGAAACAGCCUUACAACAGCAAGGCUGCAAAACUGAAGGAGAAGUAUGAGAAGGAUGUAGCUGACUACAAGUCUAAAGGCAAGUUUGAUGGUGCAAUGAGUCCCGUAGCUAAAGAUGCUGUUGCAGCUUGGAAAAAGGUAGAAGAGGAGGAGGAUGACGAAGAAGAUGACGAUGAGGAAGAUGAGGAGGACGACGACAAUGAAUGA